ACUGGCGGUAACAGAGGCAUUGGUCUCGCACUGGUCAAAGAGUUGAGCUCCGACGCGAAAAACACCGUUGUUGCUACUGCUAGAGAACCAAACUCUGCCAAUGACCUAAAAGACUGGGCUGUAAAGCAUCCUAAUGUGAAAAUCGUGCAGUUGGAUGUCUCUUCGAGCAAGAGCGUCGAGGCCGCCGCUGAGGAAACUGCAGCACUCUUGCCUGACGGGCUAGACGUGCUGGUGUCAAACGCUGGGGUCCUUAAGGACAUUGGCAAGUACUUGGACCACCCAGAUGAACUUUACAUCGAGCAGUUCAACGUUAACGCUGUGGGUCCAGUUAGAUUAGUAAGAGCGUUCAAACCCUUGCUGGACAAGAAGGACACAAGAGAGGUCGCCGUGGUGUCUUCUCUAGUUGGAUCUCUAAACGUCGAGCUACCAGUCGGGUUUUCGGGUUACGGAGUUUCCAAAGCUGCCGCCAACUAUAUUGUGAAAGGUUUGAUUCAAGAACUUUCCCCCGAGGGCUACAGUCUUGCGGCGGUCCACCCUGGUCUUGUAGGGAGCGACAUGGGAGACGACACGUUCGUGCAGCUGGGCAACGAGGCCACGGGGCAAUUGAAAAGCGCGCUGCCGCUGCUCACUCCUGGAGAGUCUGCCAAAGCCAUUAAAGAGAACGUAUUGACGGACUUGAAGGCCAAAAAUGCAGGUAAGUUUUUGAGCUACGAAGGUUCUGAGCUUCCAUGGUGA